GUAUUUUUUUAUUUAAACGUUGUUAUUUAUUUAUAAUUUCUAGUUACUGUUAUAUUUAUAUAAAGAAAGAAGUGUUCUUUAAUUUGAUUGUCUUGUCUGGUCUGUGCGUAGUAAUAGCCAUGCCACGAAUAAGACAAAGAACAACAAAUAGAGGCACUGAUAGUGAAGUCAUAAAAAGAGCUGCAGAAAUCUGUAUAAAAGAAAAUAAAUCUGAACGAUCAGUUGCAAAUCAAUUUGAAAUUUGUCAUGUAAGUUUAAAUCGCUACAUAAAAAAAUUGAAAGCUUACCGUGAUUCUGGUGGUCCUCUACCUGAAUGUGGUUAUCGACCUCACACCCGAAUAUUUAACAAUUUACAAGAAUCAAUGUUAACAAAUUACUUAAAAAAUUGUGCUGACAUGUACUUUGGAUUGAGCACCAAAGAUGUAAAAAAACUUGCUUAUGAAUUUGCAUUAAAAUUAGAUUUAAAAAUACCACCUAGUUGGACCAAACAUGAAUUUGCAGGUGAUGAUUGGUUUUCUAGUUUCUUAAAACGUAACAAUACAUUAUCCAUAAGAAAACCAGAGGCUACUAGUUUAGCUAGGGCAAUGAACUUCAACCCAGUAAAUGUUAAAAAAUUUAUGGAUAAAUAUGAUUCAGUUCUUGUGAAAUAUAAAUUUGAAGCACAUCAGAUAUAUAACUUAGAUGAAACUGGGAUAACUACUGUGCAAAAUCCUGGUAAAAUAGUAGCACAAAAAGGAAAAAAACAAGUAGGAGCAAUAACAUCAUCCGAACGUGGAACAUUGGUUACAAUGUGCUUAGCAGUUAGUGCUCUAGGCAAUACUAUACCACCUAUGUUUGUUUUUCCGAGAGUGAAUUAUAAAGAUCAUUUUAUUAGAGGAGGGCCACCAGGGUGUGUAGGCACAUCAAAUAAAUCAGGGUGGAUGCAAGGAGACCAAUUCUUAGAAUUCAUGCAACAUUUUGUCAACCAUGUAAGACCCACACAAGAAAAAAAGGUGCUGAUACUAUUAGAUAACCACGAAUCACAUCUAUAUUUACCAGUAAUUGAUUAUUGUAGAGAAAAUGGCGUUGUGUUGCUUUCAUUCCCCCCUCAUUGCUCCCACAAACUUCAACCUUUAGACAGGUCAGUGUUUGGUCCAUUUAAAAAAUUAAUUAACCAAGAAAUGGAUUCAUGGAUGAAGAGCAACCCUGGUAAAAGGUUUACUAUAUAUGAUUUGCCUUCUGUGACUUCUAAUGCCCUUAUAAAUGCAGCUACACCAAAAAAUAUUAUGAAUGGUUUUUCUGUGUCUGGUGUAUGGCCAUUCAAUAGAAAUGUGUUUGAUGACGAUGAAUAUGCGCCAUCAACUGUUACAAACAUUGUAUUAGAUAGUACAUAUAACAUGCAACCUAAUGAAACAUCUAAUAACACAGAAACAGUUAUAACAAACAUAAUAACUGAAACAUUAAAUCAAGAAUCAAUAACUAUAUCACCUGAAAGUAUUAGACCUUAUCCUAAAGCCCAAUUAGCACAAAAAAUGGCAAAAAAGGGUGGGAGAAAAAAAGGAACAACUAAAAUACUAACAGACACACCAGAAAAAAAUGAAAUUGAACAAAAUGCUAACAAAAAAAAUAACAUUGCUAAACGCAAACUAUUAUAUACAGAGGCUAGAAAAAAUAAACAAACAUCCAAAGCCACAAAGAAAAAGAAAAAUAAGAUAAUUGAUGAAAGUGAUGAAGAUGAUGAUGCUUUUUGUACGGUUUGCUCAGAACUUUAUUCAAAAAGUAAAAGUGGAGAACCAUGGAUUCAAUGUCAUAGGUGCAAACUUUGGUCUCAUGAAGCUUGUACUAAAAACAACUUUACUGUAUUUUAUAUCUGUGAUAAUUGUGAGGCUGAUGAUAUUUAACUAUAAAUAUUGUAACAUUAAGACUGAUAUUGUUUUAAUUAGUUAUUAUUAAGAGUUAUUAUCUUUUAAUAACCUUUAUAUUAUUUUAUUACUUUAUUAAGUAUGUUUUACUAGUAUUUUUAAAUUGUUAUAUUUAGUUAUAAAGGCUUAAACGAUAAAAGAUUAUAAUUUGUUAUUUAUUAUUAUAUUAGGUAUGUUCUACCACUGUUUUUUAAUAUUAAUAUUUAGUUAUAAAGGCUUAAACUAUAAAAGAUUAUAACUUGUUCUUUAUUAUUAUAUUAGGUAUGUUCUACCACUGUUUUUUUAAUAUUAAUAUUUAGUUAUAAAGGCUUAAACUAUAAAAGAUUAUAACUUGUUCUUUAUUAUUAUAUUAAGUAUGUUCUACCACUGUUUUUUAAUUGUUAUUUUUAGUAAUGAAGGCUUAUACUAUUAAAAAUCUAAUUUUGAUUAAUAUAUUAUGUAUGUGUUACAUUUGUCCCCUAGUACUGUUACAAUUGACCCUGGACUGGGUACAAUUGUAACAUUUUUUUUUUUUUUUAGAUCAGAUUUUACAGAUUCACAUAUGGAAGUUAAUGUUCAAUUUAUACAUAUUUAUUAAGAUUACAAGUUACUGAAUCAGUUGAGUGCAAAAUCAAUGCUAAAAAGUUUAUAUUUUCCCAUAAAUAAAUAAUAGUAUAGAAAAUGUUACAAUCGUACCCGGU